UACUCGGAGUGCGCUUAGUACGUAAGGCCAUACCCCUCGAAACUAACCAAUGAGAGAACGGCUUGUUGACAACACCUCCAGUCCGGUCGGUGGCCGACCAAUUACAUCCGUUCUAUUUCAUCUACCUUCGUACGAAAGAAAAUACCGUUUGAACGUUUUUUUUUGCGUUUUCAAAUUCCGUAAUUUUUCAACAUCGGAAGUCAUGUAAUAUAUGGUGAAGUGAUAUUUAAUGAUUCCGGAGUUCUUUUAAUUCGGAUGAUCGGUACGAACCUGUUCUUGUGGUAACGUUGAGUUAAAUCGUCGGCGCCUAAAGCCGUUGGUGGGGUUGGGUAUAGUAUAAAGUAUAAAUGACCAUGGGUAAACGUCAGUAUGAAAGGUAAUGUGGUAACGAGUCAUUUUCACGUAUACAGAAAAUUGCUUUUGAGUUCGUUUCUUGAGUUUUGUUUAUUUUCGACAUCAAUAUGUCUGGUGGAGGUGAUCCCGGUCAACAACGCAAAUGGUGGGUGAUUUGCCCGGAUUCAAUCCUUCGUAAUAAUCCAUCGAGUAGCGCAUGCAAACGCAAUACAGUGCUGCCGAUAGAUAACUAUAUGAACGCUGACGGUACCAUCAAAAUCGGGGAUGAAUAUAUCACAAUAUCGACUAUUUAUAAUCCGACGGCACAGCAUCAGUUGCUGGCGAACUGUCCAAACACGCCAACAAUAUCAGCUUCAACUACCACUACUAACUUAUCAUCAAUGGAUACAUUACAACAGUUCGGUUCAAAUAAACGAUUAGGAGAGAAUUUAAGAAAUUUUCAACCGGAAAUUGAGCCAUUGAAGAAAAAAGCUGAAGACGACGACCAAGUUUAUAACGAAACAACGACUCAAAAGAUGAAAGGGCGAAAAGUAACUUAUUCUCAAAUCCUCACUGCCGUAUCGGUUUCCAUCGUUUCCUUCGUCAUUGGAUUCGUCACUGCAUACACAGCACCAGCCCAGAAAGGUCUAGAAGAGGACUUAGGAAUCACCAAUUACGAGUACUCGUGGUUAUCUGGAUUUAUGCCAUUAGCAGCUCUUGUAGGAGCAUUAAUUGGAGGUCAAUUAAUCGAAUUUAUCGGAAGAAAAUGGACAAUAGUAGCAACAGCUGUAAUGUUUGUAAUAUCAUGGAUACUAACGGCUUUAGCCACAAAUGUUUACUACAUGUACAUCGCGAGAGCCAUCGUUGGUUUAAGCGUGGGAAUAGCAUCGUUAACUCUUCCGGUGUAUUUGGGUGAGACGAUACAACCGGAAGUCCGUGGAAUAUUAGGUUUAUUGCCGACUGCUUUCGGCAAUAUGGGAAUUGUUUUAUGUUUCACGGCUGGGAGUUAUUUAACUUGGUACCAACUUGGAUAUUUAGGAAUCGCACUUCCAGUGCCAUUUUUAAUAUUGAUGUUUUUUAUUCCGGAAACGCCAAGAUGGUAUGUAUCCAAAGAUAAAGUUGAAGAUGCAAGAAAAGCGUUGCAAUAUUUACGAGGACGUGAAGCUGAUGUACAAAAGGAGUUAGAUGACAUCGAAAAUUCUCAUCAAGAAAGCGUUAAAUUGUCGUCCCAUUCGCAUCUUUCCGAUAUAUUUAAAAAAGCUAAUUUAAAACCUUUGGUUAUAGCGUUAGGUUUAAUGUUUUUCCAACAAUUAAGUGGGAUUAACGCAAUUAUUUUUUAUACGACACAAAUUUUUGAAUUAGCUGGAUCAUCGAUUCCAUCUCAUAUUUGUACUAUUAUUGUAGGUGUAGUUAAUUUUAUCGCAACAUUCAUAGCUACUAUAUUAAUAGAUAAAGUUGGUCGCAAAGUAUUGUUAUAUAUAUCUGGAUCUGUGAUGACUUUAACUAUAAUUAUUUUAGGAAUAUAUUUCUAUUUAUUAAAGAAUUACGAUGAAUUAGUAGAAUCAAUUGGUUGGUUACCCCUAACUUGUUUAGUUUUGUACGUUCUCGGGUUCUCGUUAGGUUUCGGACCCGUACCUUGGUUAAUGUUAGGUGAAAUUUUACCCGCUAAGGUUCGAGGUUCUGCAGCGUCAAUUGCAACCGCUUUUAAUUGGGCUUGCACAUUUAUUGUAACCAAAACAUUCCAAGAUGCUUUAAACGUUCUUGGGGAAUCACUAACGUUUUGGAUAUUCGGCGUUGUAUGCUUAGUAUCCCUAAUAUUUAUUUAUCGAUACGUUCCGGAAACGAGAGGAAAAAGUUUAGAAGCGAUCGAAAGAAAACUUGCCCGCCGACCAUCCACCAUAAAAACACCUCCUUCCGUAGUAUAAAUUAAUUAAUAACUAGCUCAGAUCAAGACUAUUAAGACAAAACUCGCCGCCUUUUAAUGGGUUCUAUUCCGAAUCUCAAGUUCGUGACUCGAAUCUCGACAAUUUAUAUUUUAAUUGUUAUUAUAUUUAUGAUAUUUAUAUUUUUCAUAGUUUUUUUAUUAGAUAAAUUAG